AUGCGCCUUCAGGACGGUCACCCCUGCCAGGAUGACCAGUUCGGCGUCACGAACCUGAGCGGCAAGCCCGGCUUCAUCCCCAACGACGGUAUCAACGAGUCGAACCUGUCCAAGCACAUCGUCGAGUGCGUCGGAGGAGUGGUCAAGUCCUACGAUGCUGACAACUACAUGCAAAUCAACUACGAGGCGCCUCACAUUCAGGCCGCCGUUAUGCGCGCAAACAUGCCACUGGCUCGUUUCAUUGUCCACUGUCCUCCUUGCAUCUCCGCCGUCACGACCGCUGUACAUCUCUGUCAGGGGAAUGAGGACGCCAUCACCGAGUGGUUGGUCCGCGUUGAUCACCGUCUUGGUUGUGCUUGCUGCCCCAGCACCGACAGCGCCCUGGCGCGUCUGUCCAUGAUUGCUGACACCAUCGUGGACGCCAAAACUGGUCAUCACUGGGCUAAGCCGAACAGCCCCGAGGCUCGUUGGAUGAAGUACAUUGAUCGUGCGUGGCUCGAAGGUGUCCUCUACCACGCGGAUGACGCGGAUGACAAGACUCCUGCAUCGACACCUUCCUCUAGCAAGCAUGUGACCGAUGCUGGCCACGACUACGCGGGAAUCCGUCAGCUCCUGUCUUUCGAGGGCAAAGUUCGCGAGAACACAGUCGCCGUCAUCCUGGCCGAUGUCGACAGCGCUUCUUGGAUCAUCAACGCGGCGCCCUUUCCCACGGUGAAGCGUCAGCCCCGCACCGGAGAGAUGUUUCAUGUGGAAGACAACAUCGUGACCAAGACGUUCAAGCGGUCUUUCCUCGGCACAUUCGAAACGAAGGGAGCCUUGAAGCGCCGUCGAGUCGCCUCGCCGCCGCCUGAGACUGCCAAGCCCACCCGCAAGGCUUUGGCCCAGCGCAAGGGUCGACUCUCUAAGGUGGCUGUCGGUGAGGACGAGCUCCAGUGA